GGGGAAAAGUUGGGGAAGCUCCCCUACAGUGCGGAGAAAUAUCCUUGUUAGCCUCCAACUGUUUAUAUUGUUGCUUGCGAAAGCUCAUUUCCGAGGCGAACCCCAUGCUCGGUACGCCGGCAUUCUACAUAAAAGGGUCGCGAUGUGGCCAAGAUGAAAAUGGCGUUGCUUGGUCUCUUGUCCUAGAGCUUGGCUUGUCAUUCGUUGUCUUGUGUCCUUGGCUCAUCUGUUGCAUUGCGAUGAAGCUCUCCCUAAUUGCCGCCGCCCUGCCAUUGGCAGCCGCCUCUGCUGUCUCUUUCAGCUCACAGAAGAGAGACGGUGAUCACAUCUCUACUCGGCCCGAAAUCGUAUACUCGCCCGAGGCACCCUCCGUAGCCCCACCCAGUCCCAAGCAGCGUUGCAAGACUUGCUUCAUUGACAGCCACGGCGACGGCGUGACAGACGACUCUGAGGCAAUUCUCGCAGCUUUCAACGAUUGCAACAAUGGCGGCCACGUUGUUUUCCGCGAGAAUGAGACUUACAUUAUUGGCACCGCUAUGGACUGGACCUUCCUCCAAUCCAUUGACAUUGAUAUCCAAGGAAAGAUUCUUUUCACCAACGACACGACCUACUGGCAGGCGAACUCAUUCCGUUUUGUCUUCCAGAACGUGACAUCCUUCUUCAAACUUGGUGGCGACGAUGUUUGGAUAUACGGAGGUGGUACUAUCGAUGGUAACGGUCAGGCUUGGUAUGAAGCAUACGCUGCCAAUGCCUACACCCUUCGCCCGGUCCUGAUCGGCGCCGACGGUCUGACCAACAGUAUUAUUUCGGAUGUGGUACUUCGAUACUCUCCUCAGUACUAUCACUUCAUUGCCAACUCAACCAAUGUUGUCUUUGAUAACAUCAACAUCGCUGGUGGCAGCCGAAACGCCAGCGUCACCGCCAAGAACACUGAUGGUUGGGAUACGUACCGCAGUGAUGCCAUCACCAUUCAGAACUCGGUCAUCAACAACGGCGAUGACUGUGUUUCUUUCAAGCCCAACUCCACCGAUGUCCUGGUUCAGUCGCUUUUCUGCAACGGAAGCCACGGCAUCAGCGUCGGUUCUCUGGGACAGUACAAGGGUGAAUAUGACAUCGUCGAGAACGUCUUCGUCACCAACAUCUCGAUGCACAAUGCUACGGACGGUGCCCGCAUCAAGAUCUGGCCCAACACUGCUUCGGCUCUUUCCGAUGAUCUGCAGGGUGGAGGUGGUGACGGACGUGUCAACAACAUCACCUAUACCGACUGGACCAUUGACAACGUCGACUACUCCAUCGAGGUUGACCAGUGCUACGGUCAGAGCAACCUUACGCUCUGUCUAGAGUACCCCAGUCCUCUGAAGAUUACCAACGUUAUCUUCAACAACUUCAAGGGCGCAACGAGCAAGAAGUACCAGCCUCAGGUUGCCACUUUUGCGUGCAGCUCCGACACAGCAUGCUCAAACAUCGUGUCCACUGACUUUAGUGUGCUCAGCCCCAACGGUACCAACCAGGCUUUCUGUCUCAACUUUAACGAGACGUCGUUGGAUGGUGUUGAGUGUACAACUGUAUUCAAGGGAUUCAACUAACCUAGUGCGCUGUCACGUGCGCGGGCGCCAUGUACACUUGUAGUCGAGGGGUGUAAAGUAAAAUGACUUGGUAGUGUCGCUCUUUGAGCUUGAUAGAAAACUUGCACAUAAGAUAUUAAUGAUAAAUAAGACUGCUUACAUGACGCGAAGUGAGCCACCCAAUGUGGCUCUGCUCAAGGUGGUAAUAAUUAGAAGAUUCAGCAAACCAGGGUGAUCGAGUCAUUGACUG